AAUGCCGAACUGAUACUCUUCCUUGGGCUUUGGGCUGAUGGGCCGUCACUGCUAUUGGGCUUGUUUAGUCCGUACUCCAUCAUUCAUCGCCCCAAAAGCAAUUUGGUUAAGACCAAUACUCGGAAACGAAAAACAAUAUGCAUGAAACCGAUUGCUCAUAUGUAAAUCCAGCACAUAUGCAGAAAUACAAGCAAAAGUAGAAUCAGAAUACUGUAAAAGCGAGAACGCACGGGCGAAUUUUCAAACUCGUGACAAACCGAUCGAUGCAUGACUCUGAGUUGUGAUCUCCAAUUCCUACAUAUAGAUGGAGAAGAUGUGCAAGUAGAGGAGGAAUUGGAAUCACGGUACAAUUUCCAGCCAUGAAUGAGGAGAAAGGGGAACCACAAAGGUGGGAUUUUUUAGGGUGAAGUGAAUAUGAGAAGGAACAAAUGCAAUUAAGUGGGAAUUAAACAUCUCCCAGCAAAGUGGAGCAUAGAAUCUGAAGGUUGAUCUUUUUUUUGAGAUUCGAUUCGACCAAGUUCACAUUUGUCUGCAAAUGCAUUUGCGCGGGUUUUACAAGGGUACAGUCUCACUACCAUUUCUCAAUUUGAAAACAUGGCUGAAAACUCGCCGCCACCUCCGCCGUCGUCGUCGCCUCCUCCAUCAGAAGAACUACCCGACCCCAAAAGGCAGAAAAUGUCAACCACCACCAUCUCCGACGAAGAAAUUCCACAAAACGGCGACGCAAUUCCCAGAGCUCCCAAGUACAAGCGACGCAAAGUCGCGAUUUUCUUCGCAUACUGCGGCGUCGGUUACCAGGGAAUGCAGAAAAACCCCGGCGCCAAAACAAUCGAGGGCGAUUUCGAGGAUGCCCUCUUUUUCGCCGGAGCGAUUCCCGAGGAUGAGCGGGGUUUGCAUAGGCAGUUCGAUUGGGCCCGGUCCGCCCGGACCGACAAGGGGGUCAGCGCCGUGGGGCAAGUGGUGUCGGGCAAAUUCUUCGUCGAUCCGCCCGGUUUUGUUGAGCGGUUGAACUCUCACCUGUCUCCGCAGAUUCGGGUUUUCGGGUACAAGCGGGCGACGCCGUCGUUUAAUGCGAAGAAGUUCUGCGAUCGGCGGAGGUAUGUUUAUUUGGUGCCUGUUUUCGCGCUUGAUCCGUCGUGUCAUCGUGAUAGGGAGAGUGUAAUGGCUAGCGUUGGAUCGGGGAAUGAGCUUGUUAAGUGUGUUGGGUGUUCAGAGAGAGGGAGGAAGGUUUUUGGUGUUAUGGGAAAGCGCACUUUUGGUUCUGGCAUUUCGUCGAACAAUGGGAGUGUGUUAGUGGAAAAUGAAUCUGUAACUGAUGUCUCUGAGCUAAAGUCUAGUGUUGAAAAUGGGAAUGGUGAAGCUCCGAAAAUUGAGAAAUUGGAACAGGUUAAUGAAGGUUCAAUCGAUGAUAUUGCAGAAAAAUGUAAUGAUAAUGGUGGCAAUGGAGCUGGAGAUGUUGGGGUUACAGAAAAAGAUAAAUUGGAAUGCGAGGAUGCUGUGAAAAUCGAGCAAAAGAGCGAGUUCAGUUACGGGGAGGCUGAGAAGGAAAGGUUCAAUAGGAUUCUCAAGUCUUAUGAAGGGACACACAACUUUCACAAUUUCACUACCAGAACCAAAGCCGAAGAUCCUGCUGCUAAGCGAUACAUUUUGUCGUUCAAUGCAAAAACUGUGCUGAACAUUGAUGGAGUAGAUUUUAUUAAGUGUGAGGUUGUGGGGCAAAGCUUCAUGCUUCAUCAGAUACGGAAGAUGAUCGGUCUUGCUGUUGCGAUCAUGAGGAACUGCAGCCCCGAGUCGUUGAUUGAGAAAGCUUUCGAGCAGAAGGUGAACAUUAACGUGCCCAUGGCGCCUGAAGUCGGACUGUAUUUGGACGAGUGCUUCUUCUCAUCGUACAAUCAGAAAUGGAAACACACCCAUGAGGAGCUGUCCAUGAAAGAUUAUGCAGAGGAAGCAGAGGACUUCAAAAUGAAAUACAUUUAUUCGCACAUUGCUGCAACCGAGCACAAGGAUGGAGCUGUUGCCGUUUGGCUACAUUCUUUGAACUACCGCAACUAUCCAGACUUGCGCUAUGAAGAUAAGGUGGUGGAUGAGUGCCCAAGCACGGAGGUGGCUCCCAUUGCUGAUGGAAAUGAGACGGUCGAUAACUGCACAGGCUCGAAGAUCACUCCCUUCAGCCCAAGCACGGAGGUAGCUCCCAUUGCUGAUCGAAAUGAAGUGGUCGAAAACUGCCCAAGCUUGAAGAUCGCUCAGGUGGUUGAUGAUUGCCCGAGUUCGGAGGUGGAGAAGGACGAAAAAAUGAAUGUGGAUGAGUGAGUAAACUUGCAGAUUCUGAGGUUUGCACUUAAUCUUUGAGUCUAUGUAUUGCAUUUUGCAGUGCUUUUUUUUGUCAUUUUGAUACAGUAUUCUAUAAACUGCAAUUAUAGAAAAUAUCACACUAUUUUUAGUUGUGUAACUGUGUAUGAUCAUUGAGAUGACUGCUGUUUUAAGAACCAGAAAUUAUAUUUA